AUGCCGCGUCGGGCGCGCGAGGAAAGCGACGAGGCCAAGUCGCACCACACCACGAAGUUCACCAAUAGUAGCGACGACGAUGAGCCAGUGAAGGUGUCGAAGACUCACACCAAGGCGUCGGACCACCACAACGACAUUGCCGCAGAGAAGCGGCAGCGCACAGAUGAGAGCUCCAAGGUUGCAGCAGCGGCGGCGGCGACUCGUGCAGAGGUGAAGGACGGAGAGAUGCCGAACAACGGCUGCGCCGCCACGGCACGUCCCUUCUCGGAGUUCGAGAUGAACCCAAUCGUCGUCAAGGCACUGCAGUCGCGCGGCAUCGAGUCGAUGUUUCCCGUCCAAGCCCUCACCUUCAACGCCAUCAUGCGAAACGCGGAUGUCCUUGUGCAGGCCCGAACCGGCAGCGGUAAGACGCUGGCGUUCGGUAUCCCGAUCGUGGAACGUCUCCUGAAGCUGCAGAGCCACCUCACCCGGGGUCGCGGCCCGGCUGCUGUGAUCUUCUGCCCCACUCGCGAGCUGGCCAUACAGGUGCAGGAUGUACUCUGCGGGAUUAGCUGCGGGCUCAUCGUGACAGCCCUAUACGGCGGCGUCGCCUACGCAAAUCAGGAGCGUGUGCUGCGCAGCGGCGUCGACAUCGUCGUGGCCACCCCCGGCCGUGCGAAGGACUUCCUGGAGAAAGGCACAUUGCAUUUUGACCGCGUCGUGAUGGCGUGCCUCGACGAGGCUGACCACAUGCUGGAUAUCGGCUUCAAGGACGACAUCGAGCUGCUGCUGUCGCAGGUGGCAGAGCAGAACGGCUCCACCAGUGCAGAGAAGACAGUGCAUCAGACGCUGCUCUUCUCCGCGACGGUGCCGGAGUGGGUGCACACCUGCUCCUUCAUCGCCAAGGACAAGGAGUUCAUCGACAUGGUCGGCAAGGAGGCGGUGCGCACGGCCAGCACGAUCAAGUUCUAUCGCCGAAAAUGCAACUUCAGCGAGAUCUCCUCGAUGCUGGCUGACCUCAUCAAGGUGUACAGUGGUGCCCACGGCCGCACCCUUGUCUUCACUAACACAAAGAAGGACUGUCACGACCUCUCCAUCAACAACACUAAACUGGACUCGCAGUGCCUCCACGGGGAUAUGCAGCAGGAGCAGCGCGAGAGUACCAUGAAGAGCUUCCGAGACAACAAGUUCAGCGUCCUCAUCGCCACUGACGUGGCUGCCCGCGGCCUUGACCUGCCCAUGGUGGACCUCGUCAUCCAGUGCGCCCCACCCAGCGACAUCGACGCCUUCAUUCACCGCGCCGGGCGUACCGGGCGCGCUGGCCGCAAGGGCGUGUGCGUGCUGCUCUACCAGCCGCGCGAGGAGUACGUUGUCGAGCGCAUCGAGCGCCACGCGAAGAUGAAGUUCGACGUUCUGCCGGCUCCCACGCGUGAGGAGAUUCUGAAGGCCGUUGCACGGGACGCCGCUGAGGACCUGGCGCGUGUGGAGCGCCGUGCAACCAACCUUUUCAUGGAGCAGGCAGCCGAGCUGCUGAAGGACGCGGACCCGGUCGAGAUCCUGGCCUCAGCGCUCGCCGUAAUGAGCGGCUACACGUCCAACAUCACCACGCGCGGUCUCAUUACUGGAACGCCAGGGUACGUGACAGUGCAGAUGACGUCCGAUCGCCCGCUGCCCAUUCCAGUGUACUGCAGUAUCCUCCGCAACAACCUCGGCGAUGACACGUUCAUGCGAUGCCGCGACAUCACACUGCUGCAGGACGACCCGGGUUGCGUGUUUGACGUCUUGGAACAGUUUGCCGAGAGUGUCAUGAACACACCAAUGCGCGGUAUCACCUUCCAGCGCAUCGAGUCCCUCCCCCCAAUCAUUGCGCGCGAGCUAAACAGCAGUCGCGGCGGCCGUGGCGGCUUCGGAAACGGCGGUGGCUAUGGCGGAGGUCGUGGUGGCGGCCGUGGUGGCGGCCGUGGCGGCUUCAGCAACGGCGGUGGCUAUGGCGGAAGUCGUGGUGGCGGCCGUGGCGGCUUCAGCAACGGUGGUGGCUAUGGCGGGAGUCGUGGCGGCGGUCGUGGCGGCGGUUUCCAGCGCCGCUACUGA